CAGUUAGCAGAAUACAUGCUCUUUACUGACUGUAUCCAAUUGAAGAAGUGGUGUGCCUUCGAUGUGUAAUUGUGGGACGUUGUAUCGCUCUGUAUACUUAUUAAUAAUCUUAAUUUGACUGUAUUCGUCUUUGUCCAACGACUUUAAUCACAAUGGAAGAUCAAACUUGGGACAUCUUCUCAGAUGAGCAUCUUUAUCAGCUUUGGCAGAAAAAAGCUGAGAUCUAUUGCCAGGGUGCUGGAGAGUUUAAGGACCGCACGUUUAAGAAAUCAAAUAAAGACGUCUUGGUAUACCUGAAUAGAAUUGGGAUUGGAAGAAGCCUCAUUGACAGUCUUUCUAUCAUCCAUGUUACUGGGACUAAAGGAAAAGGAUCGACUUGUUCUUAUGUGGAGAACAUUCUUGAAACAUGUGGAUACAAAACCGGCCUGUUAAGUUCGCCAACGCUCCUCGAAAUCAGAGAGCGCAUUCGUAUCGGAGGCACAGUCUUGAGUCAACGGACAUUUGCAGAAUAUGGAUUAACAAUCCUAAAAAGACUUGAGGAGACAGAAAACGCUGAUGACGAAGGGACAACCUUUAAACAACCAAAUCUUAUUCAGUACCUUACCGUAUUAUGCAUUCACAUCUUUCUCCAAGAAAAGGUUGAUGUUGGAAUCGUUGAGGUCUUUGUUGGUGGUGAAACGGAUUGUACCAAUAUAUUCAGUUCACCAUCUUGUGUUGGUAUCACAACCCUUGAUUUGGAUCAUCUUGGUAGACUUGGGGAGUCAUUGGAGAGCAUUGCUUGGCACAAGUCAGGACUAGCAAGAAAAGGGCGCCCCUUAUUCACAGUCUGCCAGCAACCGGGACCACUGAAAGUAAUGGCUGAAAGAGCAGCAGAAUUUGGGGCAAUCUUGAAGAUUUGUCCUCCGUUGACCGAGCACGAUUUCGGUGGAUCUCCCAUCGAAGUCGGUCCUGAGGGCGGUCAUCAGCUCAUCAACGCCAGCAUUGCUAUCCAGCUUGCACGACAUUGGAUUGAAGAACGAGAUCCACACCGAUUCACAUUCGAUGCUACUAAGCAGGAGAUCUAUCCAUCAUCCAAGACAUCCAUUGAUGUUAAUGGUGGUAUCAUAGUUGACGAGAUACCUUUCGCAAGGGCUUUCAUCUUACCUGAUCAGUUCAAAAAAGCUCUCAAGGAAUGUUCCUUAUAUGGUAGAUGUCAGACCGUUCGAGGAAAUCAGAUCACGUUCUACUGCGAUGUUGCUCACACGGUCAAAAGUAUGGCUUCCUGUUCGAAAUGGUUUCUGUCUAAAGCUGAUACUGAGAAGGAAGGAAUGGAUGGCCGUGUAACCCGUGUUCUUAUAUUUUCCAUGAGGCCCAAACAACAGACGCCCGAAGUUCUUGCUCAGCUUUUGGGAAUUGAUUUUGACGCAGUUUUGUUUACUCCAAGUUGGAUGACAUAUGGCGAACAUGACGAGGCACAUCCCAUUCGCUUCAAAAACCCGACUUAUCGAUGCACACCUCAAGACGAGCUUAUCAACACUCACCAAACUCGAAUGAGUUUUGAGUAUGUCCGUGCAAUGAGAGAUCCCACCAAUCAGAAGAAGCCAAUCAUCAAGGAAUUCCCAUCGAUUUCAACUGCUCUUCAGUGGCUUGUAGGCGGUACAGACGAUAUCUCUCAGAAGCUGAUGUCGUUGGCGCCAAAAACCGAUGAUCAUUUCGAUGGCGGGAACCACAUCCAAGUGUUGGUUACUGGAUGUGUCACAGUGGUUGGUGGCGUUAUCAAAUUAUAUGAUCCUUCGUCUGUCCUCGGACGUGAUCAUUUAUAAACGGUCUGCAUAACAUUGCAGUACUUAGCAGUAUGUAUCCAUGCUCCAUCCAAAAUCACUAUUAUGGAUUACUUUGGAACAUUUAAAGGUCAAGUCCACCUCAGAAAAAUGUUGAUUUGAAUCAAUAGAGAAAAAUCAGACAAGCACAAUGCUGA